AUUGACUAACUUCCGGGCAGACUGCCGAGAUUGAGCUGAGGCUGAUCGGUUACAAAAGUUUACAGUUUUUGUUGCUGAAGUUUGAUGUGUUGGGUAUGAUAGCUUAAAACAUGGGGUCAUUAAGUGGUACUAAUGUUUUUAGCCAUAACAUUCCGACUCUCACUUGAAACAUGGCUGCUUACGAGGAGAUACAGGACGAACUGAUCAGGGCCUGGGUCAUACAACAGCAACAAGACAAGAUGAAGAGGGAGCAGCCCAUCUACACCACCAAGGCUCAUGUGUUCCAGAUAGACCCCCAGACCAAGAAGAACUGGAUGCCCGCCAGCACAGUGGCUGUUAGUGUAGCCUACUACUAUGACAGCAACAGGAACUCCUACAGGAUCAUCAGUGUGGAGGGAACCAAGGCCAUCAUUAAUAGCACCAUCACACCUAACAUGACCUUCACCAAGACAUCACAGAAGUUUGGACAGUGGUCAGAUCCAAGGGCUAACACAGUGUAUGGACUGGGCUUUGCUACAGAGGCAGAUCUUCAAAAGUUUAUAGAAAAGUUUCAAGAGGUGCGUGAGCUAGCUAAGCAGACACCUGGUGAGAGCAAUGGUUCAGGAGAACCCCACUCCCCCCUGGCCACCCACCCUGUACAUGCUGCACCACUACAUUCCAGGAAUUCCAGUGUGUCUAGUAAUCAGAGUGAUGGGUCUGAAAAACAACAGCGUUUGUCUACCUCCGGUCUUCCUACAGUUGAAUACCAGCUCAAGUAUGAAAAUGACAGGCUAAAGAUUGCUCUAGCACAGAGCUCUGCCAAUGCUAAAAAAUGGGAAAUUGAACUCCAGACAUUAAAAAACAACAAUGCUCGUCUGACUACUGCUCUGCAAGAAAGCACUGCUAAUGUAGAAGAAUGGAAGAAACAACUAGCAGCAUACAAAGAGGAGAGUGCCAAAUUGAAAAAACAGACAAUUGAGUUAGAGCAGACUGCUAAUGAUGAGCAAAUUUCUGGGCUGCAGCAGCAGUUAAAGGAAACCACAGAACAACUGCAGGCUGUUGAACAAGAAAGGGACAGCACUACAGAGGUAGUGAAUAUAAAUAUUUAUUAG